GUGUGUCUAGAUCCCUCACAGGUGAAGACCACAGCCAUGGACUUAUGGUUAAUUCCAUGCACCAAUGACUAUCACAACUGAUCAACUUUGCAAGAUCAGCCCACCUUUCUCCCAUUGGUGGAUCUGCACUAUGCAAUAUGUAAAUCAGAAAACGUCACUUCCCGUCUUCCUGUACGCCAUGUUUUUGUGGGGUGAUGGUUUAGUGAGAUAAAAUCAAAGUGGGCAAUCCUGCGCUGUGGUCAGAUAUUUUAGCAGACGAUCGCCAGGGCAAUAAGGCACGCGGAGUGAGCGCAGCCCGGAUGGAUCAUUCGAUGAAGUAGCCGAUUCCGUACCGCGCGCCUUCCAGUGACGCCGGAAGAAAACGGACGCACGCAGAGUCGCAGACAUCCCUCCAGUCAGUCGCAGCUCUGUGCGUGAAUACAGAAAGGAUCAGCAAAAUGUAUCAAAUUCCAGUGAAGAACCUGACAAAACUAAGACGUCCAAGAAAACGCGUCAAAAGUAUUUUGUGUGACAUCGGGAUGCAGCAGUGUCAAGAUUUAUUGGAGACAUACAAAUGUUUUGAUGCUGGUGAUGCAAGUUUUGACAACACCGAAUGGGAUGAUUUUACUGAUGGUCAUGUUGGCAAAAAGAAAAAAAAGUAUCCAUACCGGAGCCAAACUCUGUGCUGCAGUCUGUGUUGGUACUCCAGCCGGUCAAUACCCACAUUCAGAAGUCACAUACAUCGCUGUCACUGGAAUGAUCUGGAUGUGGCCUGUUUGUUAAUAUGCCCCUACUGCCCAUUUGUCAGCUCUCCGAAAGUCACAGAGCAACACAUUCAGUUUUUCCACAUGCUGGCGUCAAAAACCCAUCGUAUACCUCUUCACAGCAAGCCUAGCCACACUUUGGCCCGCACACCGAAAACCGUGUCAGUUACAGUUUCUGCUGAUGCUGCCGAUGACAGAUACAGGUGCACAAUCUGCGGCUAUCAUGACUCUUUACUAUACGUGAUGAAGAAGCACGUCUUGGUAAACCACUAUACUGCGAUGCUGGAUCGCUACUUUGGACUAAGCUUGGACAGUAAGCAAAAGACUGAUGGUGAGCAGAUACAUGACGGCGCAUCAGUGAAAUAUCACUGCAAAGUGUGCAAACUUCCUGCAGAGACCAUUGAACAUUUACUGUAUCACAUUUUGAGUUCAGAGAAACACAAAGAGCUGCACUGGCAAAUAAUGGCUUGUAUAAUCGAAAAAGACUGCACAAACCAAAUGGCUGGACUACAGAAUCUGCUAAACUUUGCACCAAAAGCAAUGCAACAGGUCACGUUGCUCGCAAGGCCGAACUAUGGGCAGAUGCAACACACAAAUGGAAACGGUACUGUUCUUCUGGCCGGCCCAAGCAACACGACUGCUUUGUUUUGCUCUCCUGGUGCAGGGCAGAUGUUUCUGUCCCCACAAACGCAAGCUUUACUGUCAGGCACGCCUGUUCAACAUCCGCAGUCCCCCAGCAGGAUGCCACAAGUCCUGCCUACCUCUCCAGUAGUGAAGCCGAUUAAUAUGAAGAUGCCAAACAUGCCGCAAGGCGCACCCAAGACAGUACCCAUCACUAUGGCCAUGCCCAGGCUACCGCAGACCAAUCAAGCACAGCAGGUUCUUCUUCCGCCUGGCGUUCAGGUUAACCUCCCAGGCGAAAUGGGUGUUCGGUCACCAUUUCUUGUCACUCAAGGUCUUCAGCUAAACCAGUCAGUUCCCAGAGCUCCCCUCAUAGCUCCGCAGUCAGUGCAUCUCAUUCCUACAGGCAACAAUGUCAACGGUGUCCCAACCUUCACUCUAGCGCCCGUUCAAGUCACGGUUCCCGUCAACGGUGGUCCCGGUCAAGCGGUUUUAUCACAAAACCAGAUCAGCCAACCUACAAAUUCAGCUGUGGUGCCCAAGGGUCUCAAAUCAACAGUUCCGAGGGCGAUAUAUAGACAUUCUGUCCCGAAUGAGUUGGCUGUGCUCGCGCCGUUUUUGAAGAAACAUGACGAUCACACUGUCAAGUGCCUGAGGUGCAAGAUUUUACUAACAGAGCAGGGGAUCUUCCAGCAUUUGUUGCAUGGCUUGAAGUGUCUUUUCUGCCCUCAGAUGUUCUACUCUUUCAAGCAGAUCAUGGAGCACACCAACAAAGAGCACAGUUUGAAGAUCAAGGAAAAUCGGCAUUUCAUUAAACAACAGUUUAGUCUCGACUGUGACGACGAGGGGAACCUCGUGUUCAACACUUUCAAUAUAAACACAGAUGUGCCCAAAGAUCUUCUUGACAACCGAGAGCUCAACCUUGCACUGGUUACCAGCUCUCAAGAUAAGCUAUACAUAAAAAUGUAUCCAGACAAGGCAGAAUACGCAACCACGUUGAAAACGACCCCUACCGCCUGCCCAUUUUGCCAAGUAAAGCUCCAGAACUUUGAGGACUAUGAGCGUCAUCUUCAAACAAAACACCACAUCGUUCCCACCAUUCAUGCAAUACUAAAAACGCCUGCAUACAAAUGCAUAUAUUGCUUUGGGGUGUAUACUGAAAAAUCGACACCGAAAACAAUCUCCACUCACGUGCAACGGUGCCGUUGUGCACCCAAAGCCAUCAAGGAAGCAGAAAAGCAACUGAAUCCAGAUACAACAGAACGUGAUGAUGGCGAUUCAUGUAAUUCUCCUCAGACGGCCAGUUCUUCAGACGUGGCAUGUCAGACAGGCCUUGAAUUUGUCAAGCCAAAGAAGGAAGUAAUCACUCCGAAGAGCAGGAGAAGGAACUCGAAAGCUCCAGAGGUAGAAGUCCCUGCAACUCCAGUCAAGCUCGUCUUGGAACCAAUGGGAAUGGAGAUGACAUCGUUCGAGGACAGGAAAGACUUCCUUUCGCAGUACUUUCACAGGAAGCCAUACGUGACGAAGACUGAAAUCGAACUGCUAGCCUCCCGUUUGUGGAUAAACAAGGCUGACGUAAAGGCUCACUUUAACAGCAAGCUCACCAAAUGCUUGAAAGCAAUUCAGAAGAAGAGGGUUUGUGUACGUCUCGGGUUCAAAAUGAUGGAAGUGAGCAAGCUGAAGCACAAUCUCUUCAUUCCAGAAGUAAAGCCUGUUAAAAAAAAAGUCUUGAAUGAGGUGCAACAUGGUGGCCUCGUUCCACAGGUAACAGUUAAAAAAAAGGACGUGAAUGAAAUUAAACAUGACCUCUUCAUUCCCGCGGCACCAGUAACAGUUAAAAUAAAGGAUGUGAAUGAAAUUACGCAUGACCUCUUCAUUCCUGCAGCACCAGUAACAGUUAAAAAAAAGGACGUGAAUGAAAUUACACAUGACCUCUUCAUUCCUGCAGCACCAGUAACAGUUAAAAAAGAAGACACGACUGAAUUUAAACAUGACCUCUUCAUUCCUGCAGCACCAGCAACAGUUAAAAAAGAAGACACGACUGAAAUUAAACAUGAUCUUUUCAUUCCUGCAGCACCAGCAACAGUUAAAAAAGAAGACACGACUGAAAUUAAACAUGACCUCUUCAUUCCCGCAGAACCAGUAACAGUUAAAAAAGAAGACACGUCUGAAAUUAAACAUGACCUCUUCAUUCCUGCGGCACCAGUAACAGUUAAAAAAGAAGACACGACUGAAAUUAAACAUGACCUCUUCAUUCCCGCGGAAACAGUAACAGUUAAAAAAGAAGACAUGAAUGAAAUUAAACAUGACCUCUUCAUUCCCGCAGAACCAGUAACAGUUAAAAAAGAAGACACGACUGAAAUUAAACAUGACCUCUUCAUUCCCGCAGAACCAGUAACAGUUAAAAAAGAAGACACGACUGAAAUUAAACAUGACCUCUUCAUUCCCGCAGAACCAGUAACAGUUAAAAAAGAAGACACGUCUGAAAUUAAACAUGACCUCUUCAUUCCUGCGGCACCAGUAACAGUUAAAAAAGAAGACACGACUGAAAUUACACAUGACCUCUUCUUUCCUGCGGCACCAGUAACAGUUAAAAAAGAAGACACGACUGAAAUUACACAUGACCUCUUCUUUCCUGCGAUACCAGUAACCAUUAAAGAAGAGUAUGUGAAUGAAAUGGAAGAUGGUCUCUUUAUUCCAGGGAUAACUGUUAAACAAGAGGAUGUAAGUGAAAUGUAAGAUGCUCUCUUCAUCCCAGAGGUAUGGCCUCUGUAAACAUGGAUAAACAAAUUGUUAGAAGAAGAAGGUUUGCCUUUCGUUAUUAUUAAAUUUGAAAAAUGGGAAUGUACAGCAAGACUGAGAAGACUCUACACUCUGUUUUUGUAUUUUUGUUGUGUAUAGGUCAUAUGAUGACGUUAAAAAAGUUUUUUUUUUUUUUUACAUAUCUUUAUUGUAAGGAAACACUCAAUUGAAGUAAUACUUUUUUCUUUUUGUGGACGUGUAAUAUACAUUUGGGGAUAUCUGUAGUGUAAUAGUUCUGCAUCUAACAUUUUAUAUUAGAACUGUACAGAAAAUUAAGAUUUAGUUAAAACUAUUAAAUGGCAAAUUAGGCUGCAUUUCAUUGCUGUAUCACAGAAAAGGGGCACUUUAUGGUGUUGUCAUGUUUUUUUUGUUUUGUGCUUCAUAAAAUACACUGUAAUCAUUUCAGACAAUGAAAAAAGACAAGUGCCUCUGUGUCCUAUUUAAACUUUUCAGUUGUAUUUUGCCUCUUGGAAUAAACAUGACUAAAUAUUA